GGCCAUCUCUAUGUCAUUUUGCUACUAUGUCCUGUAGUGACAGAGGACUGCUCAGUGUUGCUGGGGACUCCUGUAGGUAUCAGUAUCAGAAGAAACUUUGUGUCAGGAGAGUCAUGCCAAUACGCAGAAUGGUGCAUCUGUGCAAGUAUCCAUGCUCAGGGCGGACUCUGACCAUUUUGGAACUCGGGCACUGCCCCGAGGGCCCGGGCUCAGUAGGGGGCCCAUGAGAUGCCCCUGGUACCUUUUUCAUAGGCUUUUUUGAGCUUGGGCAAGGACACAGGGGCCCCAUGAUCCUCUAUUGCCCGGGGCCCCAUGA